CAUAAGGGGCAUGAGGGGAAGAAAGAGAAAUGCAUUUUCAUUUUUUUAUAAAAAUUUUUAUUUUAUUUUUAACUUGUAUAUUACUAUAUAAUAUCAAAUCAUAUGUAACUCUAUCAUAGGGAUCAUCUUUAUUCUUCAACUUAAAAUGGUUUUUUUAUUAAUAUUUUUUUAUAGUCCUAGCCCUAUGAUUGUCCACCAAAUUGGCAAAAAAAAAACGAGUAGGGUGAUUGGAACAUCAUAAUCCUGGGAUCCAAAGAUUGCAGACUGCUGAUUGAAGCACUUGGAGACUUGGUUCGAUGAACCAAUUAGAUCAAACAACUUCCAAGCACACACAUACACACAUACAUACAUAUACACCUUUACUGGGUGCAACAAUACAACAGAAACAACAACAAUAGUAACACAGCCUAAAGAAGAAAACAAAGAAGGGGGAAGAACAACAAAAAAGAAUUCUUUACGAGCCUCGGCUCUCCAAUGCACGGUCAUCAAGUCAGCUCGUUCGACAUUCAAGAGGCAUCGAUGAUAAUAUUCAUUCAUUUGAUCAAACCGCCUGGGGACUGGGGACUGGGGACUGGGGACUGGGCGAUGGAGACUGUAGACUGGAAGAUGGAGAUGCAGACGACGACUUUCAUUAGCCCACCUCCCUGCAGUUUCUCUGCCAUAAACCAACUCCUUCUUCUUCUGGGCGGCCUCCCCAAACGGCGUCCAAAAACUAAAUUCAAGCACGGCAGGGGAAAAAAAAAACAUAUUGCCAAAGUAGCAGCAACAGCAAAAGCAACUACGGCAACAUCAUCAGCCAACAACAGAAACAUAAAGAAUACCAAUAGCACCAUUAUGCAUCAUUACACUGA